UCUGUUUACGUUCAUGUAGUAUCACCUUCAUAAGUCUUGUCCGAUAAGGGAAUUUUCAUCAAGAUCUUUUCAAAUCUGUAAGACAAGGAUAUUGUGGUAUGUAUUUAUAGGGGUUGGGAAACAUUCUCUUAUCUUUGGAAAAUCAUGAGGAAAUACAAAUGGGGAUUUUAUUAAAUUUGAUGAGAAUGACAACUAUAUAAAUUAUAUAGUUGUCAUUUUCAUUGACAGACCAGUCUCAAGUAUUGUAUGCUAAAGAACAAGAGGUCAGAUUUAGCGAAAUAUGGGUAGGUGGAGGUAUAUCCUGAUUCCUGAAACCCUAGUCAUUUCUAAAAUUUUUGAACAAAAUAGCUCUAGAGAUUUCUCUACAUUUGCAGCUAUUUGGUCAUGAGUGUAGCCCACACAGAUGAUUCAACUAUGAUGAAAGGUUUAUUUAUUUUAAGAUGAGGAUAUAUGAAUUCUUAAGUGGCCUUAACCUGGAUGAUGUACAUGUACCUUAGGUAAUAGCACACAUCAUAUCCUAGUAGAGCUCCGGAGCUGGACUACCGUUACAUGAAGAUUAUAUCUACACUGAAGGUGUAAUAUCGAUUCUCCGCCCGUCCCUCUGCUGUUGUAACUUGUAAUGAAAUAAUUACUUCGAGGGCAUCAGAUCCUAUUUCAGUCGGAGAUGCAGAAUUCCCAGGUUUUCAUUUUUUCACUUAUCGUAUCUCUUCGCUAUUGAUAGAAAUGGACAAGAUAAGAUUGUAGACAGAAAUGCAGGGUAUGAAUUCAAUGGCAUUUCACUUCAGGCUUGAGGUUGGUUUCUAUUCAUUUUUUUGGAGGAGAAGACUGUAAAGUGUAGACACAAGGAAACCUUGUCUUUGAGCAUGGACUGGUAAGGUGUCCAUUGGAAUGCUAUCAUUUGUCUUUUUAUUGCAAGUAAUAAGUAGUUGUAAUAAUGCGUUUGCUAGUUAAUAAUACCAUUGCUUUUAAACGAAAAGAAUCGUAGGAGUGAAGUCUGACUUGAGAUCAUGAAGUGGCUCUUGUUGAUAAGCUUAUCUGAGCCUCUGAGGCCUGAAGCGGACAUUAUCGUUUGGGCUUCCUGUAUUUGCCUUUGUUUUUUAAGAGUAAGUGGCAGGAGAUUAGGAAAGCAUGGUAUCAAAGAAAGACUGAUUAUCACCUUCACAGAGGUCAGGAUGUUUGUUGUGACAUUAGCUAGUCAUUUAAGCCUAAUGGUCAUCCGAGUGUCUCUAAUGGUCAUCGGUGUGUCUAUUGGUCACCUGAAUAGGGCCAGUGGUAGAUCCUAAAUGCUGUAAAGCUUUGAUCAGGCCAGGAAGACAACAUCCUCAAUGGAUGAGGAAAUAUUUGAUUAAGUCCAUUUUCUUCUUAAACCUAAUGGGAAGUAAACAGGUCAGCAAAGUGAAAGAAGCCAUGGAAUAGCAUACAUGUAUCUCUUUAGAUAAGAAGGUACCCUUGAUUCUUCACUACUUGCCCAUCUUCCAGAGAACAGUAUAAGGAAUAAGAACACCCUGUGCAGAAUAUACACACUCUUAUUCAAAUGACAUUUACUUUACACUCCUCCAACUGUGUCCGUGACUGUCUAUUUCAUUCAAUUUGAGAUAGGAGGAGAAUAGCUCAUUGCAGUUGAAUGACUUAAUCAAAUCGAUAUCUGCAACAAUAGUCGGGCCUUUUGAAGCCUGUCUGAUAUGGUAUCAAUUGAAGUGCAUGGAAUCGACAUUCGCUGUUAGGAGGUGUUGGUGGAGAAAGAUUUUGCGCGGCUGGAGCCUGGUGGAUGGUGUAAUUGGAUGCAGGACGGCGUCAAAGAGAAGUUUCCGCCGCCCAAUAGAAGCGUGUUGAGUGGCAGUGGUAGUGGUUCAUGUGAUUCCUAAGCUGUAGAGUGGAUAUCCUAGCCUUCCUGUAUGAUGGCAUAAAGACUGGUGGCACCGGUGGGAUACAUAGACAUAGAUGCACAGACAUUACCGUAUCAGAUUACAUACUUCAAGAUCCUUACACCUCACAAACACACUGGAAUAGUAAUAAUGUCUGAGGUGAAGGAGUUCAAUUGAUGGGAAUGAAUCUUCAUCAUCUAUAACUUCUCAACUCUGAAUAUUAUUAUUCAGUUGUGUAUUGAGCCUCUUUAGGAAAGAGCAGAAAUGUGACACUACUGUGAGAGUGGGUGUUGUUGCAGAACUGUGACAGUUCUGGAAGAAUUUUUCCAUCUUACUAAAAGACAGGGCUAUAACUUGGAUUCAUAAUUAAUUAAGAGAAGUGUUGGCAAAUUAACCAUGGGGCAGUCGUCUUCAGCAAGUUCGACAGGGCCGGAGUCUCCUACUACUCCCAUAGAUACAUGGAUCACCCACAAGCCCAGUCCAUGUGCGUUGAUGGAACAAAAUGGUGGACUAACCAACGGCCAUACGCAAUGUGCCGCGAGCAUCAGCGGGAGCAGCACAAGAAGCAGCAAUGGAAGCAGCAGCGGAAGCACGGGGACACAGCCCCGUACGCAGCCUCGUCUGGCUCACCGAUCGUCAGUGCAAUAUAGGUCCUCCAAGGGCCGCAAGAACUCAGCCAUUGAGAAGAGGGUGCACAGUGUGCACAUCAUUGAAAGCAUUCCUAGUGAAAUCUUUUUGAAUCGCAGGAAGCAGAUGGAUACAUGGCAGCAGUAUCAGGCACAAAUGGAUCUGCCGCCAGAGAAAGCCAAGCUUCUACGGCAGUAUAACGAUGAGAAGAAAUGGGACCUGAUUUGUGAUCAGGAAAAGGUCAGUGCUAAAGCGCCACCUGAACAAUACAUCGCCAGGAUUUGUAAAGUGAUGGAACCCGGGAACACGUCCAAGGUCGGUAGUUUUAAGAGAACGAGAAGGAAGAUGUUUGAUACGUCAACGCAGAAUCUUCGAGACCUGGAAAUCUCACUCAGAACAAAUAACAUCCAGUGGGUGAGGGAGUUCCUAAAUGAGGAGAACCUUGGGUUAGAUGUCCUGGUGGAGUACCUGCAAUGGCUCAACAAAACCAUGACGCACGAAGAACAUCUAGAGACGCUCCCGCCAAAGCAGAGGAGUGCGCUGAGCGUCCGAGGGUCGAGGCACGGGAAGAAGUUUUCGAUGCAGUCUCAUCUAGCGAUCACUAGAGAUGACGUCCACGUCUGUAUUAUGUGCUGCAGAGCAAUCAUGAACUUCCAAUAUGGUUUCAACCUUGUUAUUAAUCACAAAGAAUGUAUCAAUGCAAUAGCCCUUAGUCUCAACCACAAAUCACCCAGAACCAAAGCCUUAGUGUUAGAGUUGUUAGCAGCUGUGUGUCUCGUCAAAGGAGGACAUGAAAUCAUCCUUAGUGCAUUUGACAACUUCAAAUUGGUAUGUGUAGAGGCGUGUAGGUUUCAGAAGAUGUUUGAGUACUUCACAAGAUAUGAAGAAGCUAGUAUAGACUUCAUGGUGGCCUGUAUGCAGUUCAUCAACAUAGUUGUGCAUUCGGUAGAGAACAUGAACUUCAGAGCACAUCUCCAAUAUGAGUUCACAUGUCUAGGACUAGAUAACUAUUUAGAGCAGAAGCUCAAGUCGACGGAGAGUGACCGUCUCCAGGUCCAGAUCCAGGCCUAUCUGGACAAUGUCUUUGAUGUUGGUCAGCUGAUGGAAGACUCUGAUACCAAGACGGCUGCGUUGGAGAGAGUCGGUAACCUGGAAGAAGUCUUAUAUCAGACGACUGACAGGUUACGGAUGAUGGAGGAUGCAUCUUUAGCUAAGAUCGCAGAGCUCCAGCUAGGGGUCGCUGAAGUCAGUAGAGAACUGGAAAUGGUCAAGAGUGAGAAGCUAGAAGCAGAGAAGACGAUAGAGGUCUUGAAGAGUAUCCCGAGAGGUACAGGAACCGGUACAGGCACCGGUACAGGCACCGGAACAGGCGGUGGUGGAGGUGAUGGUUCCGGUACUGGUUUCGGUACUGGUACUGGCGGCAAUGGUGUCGGUGGCGGCAGCGGCGGCGGUGGUGGUCUUGGAGGCGGUAAUGGUACUCUGACGAUAGGACCCGAUGAUGACUUCCCUCCCCCUCCACCUCCUCCUCCUGCAAUCGCCAAUGGAGCAGGUAAGCUCAUAAACCAUUCUUUGACAUGUAUUAACUGUAUCCAUCAUUUAUUUUCUCUUGUCUUUCUACCAACAGCACCUCCCCCUCCUCCUCCUCCCCCACCCCCUCCACCAGGCCAAGGUGCUCCCCCUCCUCCCCCUCCACCACCAACCAUCGGUGGUGGUCCACCACCCCCUCCCCCAUUCCCAGGAGUACCCGGAGCACCCAUUGCACCCCCUCUUCCUGGUAUGAUCGGUGGAGCGCCUCAAGGAUCUGUGACAAUAAAGAGGAAGAUCCGUACCAAGUAUCGUCUUCCAGCGCUCAACUGGGUCGCUUUCAAACCAAACCAGAUCGGAGGAACCGUCUUUAGUGAGCUUGAUGAUGAAAAGGUCAUGGGGGAUAUUGACUUUGAUAACUUUGAGGAGACGUUCAAGGCACAGACGCAAGGCGGAGGUCAGACGGUGACGGACGGUAAAGCCAAAUUAACGUUGAAGAAAGAAAAAACCACAACCCUCAUGGACUCAAACAGGUUACAAAACAUCUCGAUCAUCAGAAGAAAGAUUGAACUCACAACGGAGCAGAUCAUUGAGGCUAUCAAAAGGACCAAUCUUGCCGCUCUUCCAAUUGAUGCCGUGGAGCAGCUUCAUAGAUGCUGUCCAAAGGAUGAAGAGAAGAAAGUAUUCCAGCAAUAUGAGAAAGAUAAGAAGCCCAUCAACAUUCUAACACCUGAGGACAGACUCAUGAUUCAGCUGUGUAAGGUUGAUAGGCUCAGUCAGCGUCUAGGUUGUAUGAUCUUCAUGGGUAACUUCACAGAUACCAUUCUCUCUUUCACACCGCAACUGAAUGCAAUCACAUCUGCAUCAUUAUCCAUCAAGAACUCUGCCAGGAUUAAGAAGUUACUGGAGGUUAUCCUAGCUUUCGGUAACUACCUGAACAGCUCAAAGAGAGGAGCAGCCUAUGGUUUCAAACUCCAAACUCUAGACACGGUCCUUGAUACCAAGUCAGCAGACCGUAAGAUCACACUCCUCCAUUACAUCGUAGGAACCAUCCACCAAAAAUUCCCUGAUGUCGCUAGUUUCCAUGACGAUCUUCAGUACAUAGAGAAGGCAGCAGCAGUCUCACUGGAGAAUCUGAUCUCUGACAUCACGAGUCUUGGUCAUGGUAUCACGCUGUGUAAGAGAGAGUACGCUCAGCAGAGUGAUAAUACAAUCCUGAGAGACUUCUUACUCAACAACGAGGAGAAGGUCCGCAAACUAGAGAUGGUUCUCAAGAAAGCCAAGGAUGCAUUCAAUGAGGUAGUUGGAUAUUUUGGUGAGAAUCCCAAGACGUUACCACCCAGUGCCUUCUUCGCUCUCUUCCAUAGAUUCUCAGUUGCUUUCAAGAAAGCAGAAGUUGAGAAUGCACAAAGGAUAAAACUCCAGCAAUCCCAGAAGGACACAGCAGCUAACAUCUCAGCAGCUCAGAAAGUCAGGAAAGACAAACAGAAUCAGGCUGCAGUAGUAGCUGAGCUUGAGACGCGGUACAGGGGGCCGGGCAACAAAGAGAAAGGACCCAAAGAAGUCUCGGACGGAGCUAUCGAAAACAUCAUCUCAGAUCUGAAAAACGAGCCAUACCGACGUGCCGAUGGCAUACGGCGGAGUCUCCGGCGCAGACAGGUUGAACGACCGACCAUCCUAGCAGACGAGAUGGUCAUCUAGAUGACCGAUGGAUGGAGAUAUUGACCAGCACAGAGCAGUGACCACAAAGAGUGUAUUAACCUGUUUGCUAUGUUUCCUGUAGUAAACCUUUGGGAAAGAGAGAUAUCAGGAGUGAUUGGGUUAACAACAUGGACAGCAAUCUUAUAGUAUAUUAGAAAGCACAUCAAUACAGGAUUGCAGCUACAGGCUUUACCUUGCUAUUACUAGGCUCUGCCUGGCACCCCUUUUCUCUAGGCUUUGUCUGGCUUUAUAUGUGACAGAAAAAAUGGGGUUCAGACCAGUUUGAGACUCUUGGCUAAUCAAGUUGUACCGAGUGGUGUCCGUAUAGAACAGAUAAUGCACGCUUCACGUUUUGAGAGUGCACAAUCUGGAUAGAGGAUAUAAUCCUUUAUUAUGUAGUGAUAAGCACACGAUACACCACAUUAAUAUACACAUCAAUGUAUAAUGUUGUCAUCCACUUUCAUGUAAGAAUAACCAAGACUCCUAUCUUGCACUAAAACUUUGACAGGAAGAAGAGAAAUAUUUGUGUGUACUCUAUUAGUUAUGAUAAUUGUAGAUGUGUAGAUACAAUGCAAAUUUAAGCAAGACUACAAGCACUUCUUCUAGAUCGUUUGCUGAUUGCGUAAUCUUUCACGACAUCUCCCUGAUGGUAGAGGGCAGCAUCCACUCAAAAUAUAGACACAAUUUUCUUGAAUUGAGAUGGGGACUGCAUCCCAUAUCACACCCACAUGACCUCUGUGUUUGGUCGGUCAGUGGUGCUUUUGUGAUGGUCAGUUAUGGUCAGUUGAUUAGACGUGAGUGGACAGUGAUUAAAUCAUUAUCAUGAUGAAGCUCGGGAAGGGUGUGAAGAGAGAGAGAGAGAGAGAGAGACGGUCAUUGCUACUUUAUUAUGUAAGUGAUAUGAUGCUAUUAUUAUGAAAUAAUUAUAUCAACGGAUG